UCCACUUUGCUCCGGGUCUCCUGGCUUCUCCUCCAAGGCCACCCAGGACUCGAGGUAGGGUGGGCUUCCCCAAGGCCACACGACGCGGGAGAAGAGAGGGACGGCGGGGAGCCAGACCCCGCUUCAAGUUCCCCCCAGGCCACCCCGAGUCUCCAGGAAGCCCCGAGGAUGAACCUCAACUUCACUUCGCACGCGGUGGCGCACGCCGUGGCGGCCCAGAGGCCCACCUCGUUCUUCAUCGAGGACAUCCUGCUGCACAAGCCCAAGCCCCUCCGGGAGGUGGGCCCCGAGCACUUCCACAGCCCUCUCGCCCCUCGCGUCCCGCUGCUGGACUAUGGGUACCCCUUGAUGCCGCCCCCGGCCCUCCUGGCGCCUCACCCGCCUCACCCACUCCACAAGCCGGAUCACCAGCACCCUUACUUCCUGACCACCUCGGGGGUGCCGGUCCCCGCACUCUUCCAGCCUCACCCGCACGCGGAGUUGCCGGGCAAGCACUGCCGCCGCCGGAAGGCCCGCACCGUCUUCUCCGACUCGCAGCUCUCGGGCCUGGAGAAGCGCUUCGAGAUCCAGCGGUACCUCUCCACGCCGGAGCGCGUCGAAUUGGCCACGGCGCUCAGCCUCUCCGAGACCCAGGUGAAGACCUGGUUCCAGAACCGUCGGAUGAAGCACAAAAAGCAGCUGAGGAAGAGCCAGGACGACCCGAAAGCCUCGGGGGCCGACGAGGGCGCCGAGCAGGGGGGCGGCGAGCCAGAACCGGCCUCGUCGGACAAACCCAGCGCCGCCCCCUGCGCUUCCUCGGCCUCCUCCUCCUCCUCCUCCUCGUCCUCCCUGGAGCCCCGCAAGGGCGGCCACCCGCCGCCCCCCUACCUGUUGGAGGAGACCGAGGACGAGGUGGACAUCAUCGAAGAGACCGACCUCUGUGGCCCCCCUCCGCACCGGAUCUAGCACCC